AUGUGGCCCUGGACCUUGGAAUGCGCCAGUCUGCAACACUCAGUCACGGACAACCCUUUGUACUGGGAGAUCAACAAGUUUUGGGCAGACCAAAGAGCAUCAUUCACCAAGUUGGUCCUGCAGCUGCAGUUGAUGUUUAUCUCUGCAUGUGUCACUGGGAAUAAGCCGGGAGCCCGAGGUAAAAGAGGCAAGAAUGGUUCGCCUGGACCACCUGGAAUUAUGGGGUCAUCUGGCAAGCAGGGUCUUCCAGGGAAGCUUGGCAUCAAAGGUUACAAAGGUGACAUUGGAGUGGGGGCCCAAGGACCAAGAGGAGCCCGAGGCAUUCCUGGUCGUAAGGGAGUUAACGGUGCUCCUGGAUCUAUAGGUGUCCCAGGACUCAUGGGUCUGAAAGGAUUGCCUGGUCAGAAAGGAGAAAAGGGAGCUAAUGGGAUACCAGGAAUCAAAGGUGAUAAGGGAGACCCACAAGGCUUUUCUGGACCUCAGGGAUACAAAGGAGACAAGGGAGAGCAAGGUGAUAGAGGUCCACCAGGGUUCGAUGGUGAUAAAGGAGAGAAAGGUGAAGAUGGACCUCCAGGACUUAAGGGUCACAAAGGAGAGCCAGGAUCAAAAGGAUCAAUGGGAUUAUUUGGGGCCAGAGGUCCUGCAGGACAGAAGGGUGAAGCAGGCGAACAUGGCGGCAAUGGAAUCGCAGGUAGAGCUGGACUUGACGGUAAAAGUGGAGCUAAAGGAAUUAAAGGAGACAGAGGCUUGCAAGGCCGGAAAGGUGAACUGGGGGAUAAGGGUGACCAAGGCUUAAAAGGAGACAGUGCUCCCAGAGGUGAGAAGGGAUCAAGGGGUCUUCCAGGACAAAAAGGACAACCAGGAAUUGGGGCUGAAAGGGGUGAAAAGGGUGAACCUGGGUUACCAGGAAAGCUGGGUUUAGACGGCCUUCUGGGACUAAAGGGGGCUCGUGGAUUUCCAGGCCUUCCAGGGUCCAAAGGAGUUCCAGGAGAUAAAGGGCAAAAGGGUUCUAAGGGCAUACCUGGACUCACUGGCUUCAAAGGGGUUACUGGUUUACCUGGAAAGCUCGGCUCCCCUGGACCACCAGGGUCUCAAGGUCCCAAAGGUGAACCUGCAGCAAAGGGCGAAGCAGGGAAGAGGGGGAGAACACGCCGGGGUCAGAGAGGAUCUCCAGGGAUCUCUGGAGCAAAAGGAGAUCAGGGAGAAGUUGGCCCAAUUGGUCUGAAGGGUGAGAAAGGAGAUCCUGGACUUUCAGAAGAAGAAGUGAAAGAAGUUGUGAGGAAAGAAAUGAGUGACAAAUGUGCUUGUGCAGGAAGAGAUUUCCAUCUGAUUAUUAGGACAGAUGAUUCUGAUGAAGACUGGGGAAAAGGUGCAGAAAGGAAGAAGGGUGCAUUUGAUGGAAAAGACUAUGAAGAUGACAGUGAAGAAAUUGAGUUUGAAGAUGAAGUUGGCUUUGGAAAUGCAACACAAAUUGAGCAACAGAUGUCAAACACUACAGUUAUGUUGAAUAAUGAAGAUUUAAUGGGCACGUCCUUUAAGAAGAAGCAGCUUCUGGAAAGCCCAUUAACAGCUCCUUGUAGCCAGCCAAUGGAUGAAGGUUCCUGUUCACAAUAUCAGCUGCUGUGGUAUUAUUCUCCAGAAGGCAAUGAAUGCAGACCAUUUGUAUACAGUGGCUGUGGAGGAAACAGCAAUCGUUUCCCUUCAAAGCAAGGGUGUAUAGAUAGAUGUAUGGUAAGAAAAAAGGAUAGACACCAGGAAGAUAAAUGAUGACCUCCCUCUUUGAAAAAAAAAUAUAUUUUUUGUACCUUGAGCCAGUAACAAAUUGAUGUCAAUGAAUGUCCCUCUGCAUUGAACAAGAUAAGAUAACGAA